AUAUCCUCCCCCAUAAUAUAUAUAUCUCUCUGUCUCUCAAAAAAACACACACACACACACACACCAUAAAACUCUCUUCUCUCUCUGGUUCUCUCUUCUGAGAUAUACGAAACCACUUUGCAAUCUUUCUCAUCAAUACGAUAUAUAAUAUAUGAUAUACGCGUAUGUGUGUAUGAGUAAUAUACAUACGUACAAAUUAUGCAUACACAAACCCAACACGUUAUUUCGGGCGCAGCUGGGAUAAACUGUCUUCUGCUGAUUCGUUCAUUCAUUGAAUUUUUUGAUAAUAAGGUAAUUGGAGGUGAUCUGCGUCGAGGGCUGUUGGAUCACAAUUUUUCCCAAUUGGAGUGAAUAAAGCGUGAUUUUUCUGAAGAUUAAGGGAGGUAACAAUAAGACAAUAGGAAUAAUAGCGUAUUGGGAUGAAGAGGUCGAGAGAUGACGCUUUCGUGAGUUCUCAACUCAAGCGGCCCGCCAUUUCUCCUCUUGUUGAACCGUCCGGGCAAGCCCAGAUGUCAACUGCAAGCAGCGCUCAGAGGCUGACAACAACUGAUGCCUUGUCAUAUCUCAAAACUGUGAAGGAAAUUUUUCAAGACAAAAGGGAUAAAUAUGAUGAUUUUCUUGAGGUCAUGAAAGAUUUUAAGGCUCAAAGAAUUGAUACAUCUGGUGUUAUAUUGAGAGUGAAGGAGUUAUUUAAAGGUAAUCGAGACCUAAUUUUGGGUUUCAAUACCUUUUUGCCGAAGGGAUAUGAAAUCACCCUCCCACCAGAGGAUGAACCAUUUCAGAAAAAGAAGCCAGUAGAAUUUGAAGAAGCCAUCAGUUUUGUAAACAAAAUCAAGACUAGAUUUCAAGGUGACGACCAUGUGUAUAAAGCUUUCCUUGACAUUUUGAAUAUGUACAGAAAAGAUAAUAAGUCCAUAACAGAGGUUUAUCAGGAGGUUUCAGUUCUUUUUCAGGAACACGCUGACCUACUUGUAGAGUUCACUCAUUUUUUACCGGAUACCUCUGGCUCCGCCUCAAUCCAGUACCCACAGCCUGGUAGAAAUCACACACUAAAUGGGGAUGAUAGAGGCUCUCCCAUGACAGCGUCAAGGCCCAUUCAAAUUGAGAAGAAGCCUGCUGUGUCAUAUGCUGUUCGUGACCAGUACAUCAAUCACCAUGGUUCAGAGCAGUGGAAUCAUGUUGAGAAAGAAAAGGAGAAGAGAGAAGACAAAGAAAACAAUGAGUGGGAACGUGAUGAUAGCUUAGAUCACAAAAGAAAAUCUGCUCGCCGAGAUGAUUCUAUGACAGACCUGUUUCAUCGAGGGAUGCAGGACCCAGAAUCAGCUUUCCUUGAGAAAGUGAAGGAACGAUUACCAGAUCCUGAAAUUAACAAGAAAAUUUCAGAUUGUGUUCGUCCCUACAAGAGCAAGUUUGUCACAGCAGCUCAAUUUCGGACACUGGUAGCUAGUUUACUUGGAACACAUCCAGAACUUAUGGAGGCAUGUGAAGAUUUCAUCACUUACAUUGAGAAGACUGGAAGCUUGCGGAACAAUAAACAAGUUUUCAGAUCUUUAAAAGUGGAUGGCGAUGGAGAAGACCAUGAUAGGGAAGACAGAGAAAAAAAUAAGGAUCACGAUAACAGAGAAAGGGAAAGACAUGAUAGAGGUCUGGCCUUUAGCAAUAAAGAUGUCCUAGGACAGAAGAUGCCUUCAUAUGCGAGCAAAGAGAAGUUCAUGUGGAAGUCCAUUCAAGACCUCGAUCUAUCUAACUGUGAGCGCUGCACACCAAGCUAUCGACUUCUUCCGCAAAAUUACCCAAUCCCAUCAGCAAGUCGUAGAACCAAGAUUGGUGCUAGAGUUCUGAAUGACCAUUGGGUGUCCGUUACUUCAGGAAGUGAGGAUUACUCAUUCAAACACAUGCGCAAAAAUCAAUAUGAAGAAAGCUUGUUCAGAUGUGAAGAUGAUAGGUUUGAACUUGACAUGUUAUUGGAAUCUGUGAACGCAACAGCCAAGCGAGUUGAGGAACUCUUAGACAGUAUGAAUUCUCAUACAAAUAAGACAGAUAGUUCAUUUUGUAUCGAAGAUCAUUUGACAGCGCUUAACCUACGGUGCAUUGAACGUUUGUAUGGCGACCAUGGGCUUGAUGUAAUGGAUGUAUUGAGAAAGAAUGCACCUCUUGCCCUGCCAGUUAUAUUAACCCGGUUGAAGCAGAAACAAGAAGAAUGGGCAAGGUGCCGUGCUGAUUUUAAUAAAGUUUGGGCCGAAAUUUAUGCUAAAAACUACCACAAAUCACUCGACCACAGGAGCUUCUAUUUUAAGCAGCAGGAUACAAAAAACUUGAGCGCUAAAGCAUUGUUAUCUGAGAUCAGAGAAAUGAGUGAAAAGAAUCUGAACGAAGAUGAAAUGGUCCUCUGUGUUGGUGCUGGAUAUAAACAGCCCAUUAGACCUCAUAUGCAAUUUGAGUAUCCUGAUCCAGAAAUCCAAGAAGAUCUGUAUCAGCUCAUGAAAUACUCUUGUGGAGAAGUUUGUACACCUGAACAGCGUGACAAAGUCAUGAAGAUCUGGACAACCUUCAUUGAGCAAGUGCUUGGUGUUCCUCCCCGUCCUCCCAGUUCAGAGGGCAAAGAAGAUGCUUUCAAAGCUAAGAAUCAAACACCCAAAAGUGUGGAUGAUAUUGGUGAAAAGAAUGGUAGUCCUGUUGAUGAGGCUGCUCACUGCAAAACAUCAGACUUGUCCAAAGCCAGAGAUGAACGCCUUCCGAAUCCCUGCUCCAGCAGAGUGAGGGCAGCACAUGGUAAUUAUGGGGUUAAUGCUGAUGGUUCUCCUAGUGCAGAUAAUAUUGCUAGUAAGAGUGAAAUAUUAUGCAACGUUCCCCAAAAUAGACAUAUGCAGACUGAUGCCAGUAUGAUGUCUGCUAAGUCAUGGGCUAGCAAACAAGCUGGUUUCUUAGAGGAAGUUGCUCAAAAAGCCUCAGGACAAAAGAGCAUCAAUGAUGAAAAUGCUUCAGCUACAUGGAAGGGACCUGACUAUGCCACUGCUGAUUGCGGGAUGGAGGCAAUGCCUAGUCAAAAAUCACAGGACGGUGUUAUUACAAAACCGACUUUAUCUUCGAUUGGCACAGUGCCCGAAGAGGUCAGAGCUCAGAAAUGCCAUGAAGAAAUUAUAGCUCGCACUAAAAGUGAACGAGAAGAGGGUGAAUUGUCUCCUAACAGAAAUCUUGAAGAGAACAGUUUUGCAGCAUUUGAAAAUACCGGUACCAAAACAGAGCAGACUCCUCGUAAAAGUACUCCAAGGACCACAGUAAUUGGAGAAGGAAUGUCUGUUGAGGAGGUAGGGGAAGAAACUGAUGCUAUUGCUGAUGAUGAAGGUGAGGAAAGUGCUCAGGGCUCCUCAGACAGUGAGAAUGCUUCUGAAAAUGUAGAUGUAUCAGCAAGUGAGUCUGCUAAUGGAGAAGAGUGCUCUCCUGAAGAGCCUGAUGACGACGGAGAUCACGAGAAUGAUCACAAGGCUGAGAGUGAAGGUGAGGCAGACGAUGUGGCCGAUGUCCACGACGCUGAAGGAAUGAUGACAUUAUCUGACAGAUUUCUGCAGACAGUGAAGCCUCUUACGAUGAAAGUCCCAAUGGCACUACAUGGCAAAGAGAAGAAUUCUCAGAUCUUUUAUGGAAAUGAUUCCUUCUAUUUGCUUUUCAGGCUUCACCAGAUGCUGUAUGAAAGAAUGCAUAGCGCCAAGUUGCAUUCAUCAUCUCAUGAAAACAAAUGGAAGAUACUGAAUGAUGCAAAACCAACUGAUUCAUAUGCUAGAUUUAAGGAUGCACUACACAGUUUGCUGAAUGGAUCCUUUGAUAACGCAAAGUUUGAAGAUGAGUGCCGAGCUAUUAUUGGUGCUCAAUCGUACAUCCUUUUUACGUUAGACAAGUUGAUACAUAAACUUGUCAAACAGCUGCAAACAAUUGCAACUGAGGAGAUUGACAACAAACUCCUUCAGCUCUAUGCAUAUGAAAGAUCAAGAAAUCCUGAAACAUUUGCUGAUGCAGUUUACCUUGAGAAUGCCCGUUUUCUUCUUCCAGAAGACAACUUGUAUCGAAUAGAAUGCUUGCCUUCUCCAAUGCGUUUGACCAUACAGCUCAUGAAAAAUGAGCAUGACAAACUUGAACCAACUGCUGUCUCCAUGGACCCCAAUUUUGCAGCUUAUUUGAAUGAUGAACUCCUCCGCUCAGUUGUUCGUGAACGAAAGGAUAAACCUGGUGUAUUCUUGAAGAGAAACAAAAGAAAAUUUUCAACUGGAGAUGAAAUUGCCGAUACUUCCAAAGCCAUGGAAGGACUCAUUAUUCGUAAUGGCGUGGAGAUGAAGGUGAAUUGCAGUACAUUUAAGGCUGCUUAUGUUUUGGACACCGAAGACUUCUUGUAUCGGAAAAGAAGUAGGAGAAGGAAUUUGUAUCAAAAUAGUGGUCCUAGUGGAACUUCCAGCAGGUCCUCCCAUAGAGCGAAACGUUGCAAGUUGUUUACUUGAUGGUGAACUUUUCCAGUGGCAGUGUGGAGGGGUCGGAAAUGAGUAGUAGUUGGACCCGUAAGAUCGACUAAAGUUCCGUUCAAGUGAUGCAGUGCGCUCUUUCCAGUCUAAUAAAGGUGAUGAAAGGAGAGAAUUUGAGCAUCAUUGGAGUAGACUGAGUUAUUUUGUAAUGUAAAAUAGGGAAGUGUGUUCCUUUCGUUCACUGUAAUGAAGACCAACCUUUUGUUAAUGCAGUUCAAGUACUCUUUCCAUA